CUGGCUCCUCCUCCCGCACCCCCGCCAGCCCCACGUGCACUUAAUACUCCUGGCACCCAGUCCGCCCGCCACGGACUUUGGCCUUAGCUGUAGCUAGUGUGGGAGCCUGGGAAGACCUGGACCACAAGUCUCAAUCAAAACCAAAGGAGCAGCUUCAGGUGCUGUAGUAGUUGCCAGCAGCUCUCCCGAGGAGAGACUUCCAGCUAGGCAGCGAUCUGAGGGGUGAGGGCCGGCGGGCCAGCGUCAACCAGACACGUCCCCCUGCCCUGCCUGGGCUGCCGCCUGCAGGUCACCGGGGCCCCGGCCAUGUGGCUGCCUCUGCUGCUGGCGGUCCUGCUCUGGGCCGCGCUGUGGUUGCUCAGGGACCGGCAGUGCCUGCCAGCCAGCGACGCUUUCAUCUUCAUCACCGGCUGCGACUCGGGCUUCGGGCGGCUCCUUGCUCUGAGGCUGGACCAGAGAGGCUUCCGAGUCCUGGCCAGCUGCCUGACACCCUCGGGGGUGGAGGACCUCCAGCAGGUUGCCUCCUCCCGCCUCCACGCCACCCUACUGGAUGUCACAGAUCCCCAGAGCGUCCAGCAGGCAGCCAAGUGGGUGGAAACGCACGUUGGGGAAGCAGGGCUUUUUGGUCUGGUGAAUAACGCUGGUGUGGCUGGCAUCAUUGGGCCCACCCCGUGGCAGACGCGGGAGGACUUCCAGCGGGUGCUGGCUGUGAACACGCUGGGCCCCAUCGGGGUCACCUUCGCCCUGCUGCCACUGCUGCUGCGGGCCCGGGGCCGAGUGGUCAACAUCAGCAGCGUCCUGGGCCGCCUAGCCGCCAAUGGAGGGGGCUACUGCGUCUCGAAGUUUGGCCUGGAGGCCUUCUCUGACAGCCUGAGGCGAGACGUGGCUCCUUUCGGGGUGCGGGUCUCUGUCGUGGAACCUGGCUUCUUCCGAACCCCUGUGACAAACCUGGACACUUUGGAGGCCACCCUGCAGGCCUGCUGGGCACGGCUUCCUCCAGCCACACAGGCCCUCUACGGGGAGGCCUUCCUCGCCAAAUACCUGAGCGUGCAGCAGCGGAUCAUGAACAUGAUUUGUGACCCGGACCUGGCCAAGGUGAGCAGGUGCGUGGAGCAUGCCCUAACUGCCCGUCAUCCCAGAACCCGCUACAGCCCAGGCUGGGAUGCCAAGCUGCUCUGGUUGCCAGCCUCCUACUUGCCAGCCAGCCUGGUGGAUGUUGUGCUCACCUGGGUCCUUCCCAAGCCUGCCCAGACAGUCUACUAAAUCCAGCAGUCCAGCAAGAGAUGGUUGUUCAAGGCAAGGACUCUGAUUUAUUCUGUCUCCCACCCUGGUACUGCCUGGUGCCUGGCAUAUAACAGUCACUCAAUAAAUGUGUAUUAUUCAAAACAAAAAACACUGUGGGUGGGCAGAAAUGAAGGUGCACAGUGGGAGUUCAGUUCAGUUGCUCAGUCGUGUCCGACUCCUUGUGACCCCAUGAACCGCAGCACGCCAGGCCUCCCUG